GUGGUGGGUUCCUGAGACAGCUUAGUCUGAGAGGAUGUCUUGGUGUUGGAGACUCCUCUUUAAAGACCUUUGCACAGAACUGCAGAAACAUUGAACACUUAAAUCUGAAUGGGUGCACAAAGAUCACUGACAGUGUGUCUGCUGUUUUGCAGCACGUGUUACAGUCUUAGCAGAUUCUGUUCCAAGCUGAAACAUCUGGAUCUGACAUCUUGUGUAGCCAUCACAAACAGUUCUUUAAAAGGCUUAAGUGAGGGUUGCAGAAAUCUGGAACAUUUGAAUCUUUCCUGGUGUGAUCAGAUUACGAAGGAUGGUAUUGAAGCACUGGUGAAAGGGUGUAGUGGACUAAAAGCUCUAUUUCUUAGAGGUUGCACACAGUUAGAAGAUGAAGCAUUGAAACAUAUUCAAAAUCACUGUCAUGAGCUUGUAAUCCUGAAUUUGCAAUCAUGUACACAAAUUUCAGAUGAAGGCAUUGUGAAAAUCUGUAGAGGAUGCCAUAGACUGCAGUCACUCUGUGUUUCAGGCUGCAGCAACCUGACAGAUGCUUCUCUCACAGCACUUGGUCUAAACUGCCCAAGGCUGAAGAUUUUGGAAGCYGCAAGAUGUUCACAUCUUACAGAUGCUGGGUUUACCCUCCUAGCACGGAAUUGUCAUGAGCUGGAGAAGAUGGACUUGGAAGAGUGUGUUUUGAUAACUGACAGCACAUUGAUACAACUUUCCAUACACUGUCCUAAGCUACAAGCAUUGAGCUUGUCUCACUGUGAACUGAUCACUGAUGAUGGGAUUCUUCACCUGAGCAACAGYACGUGUGGGCACGAGAGGCUGCAGGUGCUGGAGCUGGAUAACUGUCUCCUCAUCACAGACGUGACUCUGGAACACCUGGAGAACUGCCACAACUUGGAGAGAAUUGAGCUGUAUGACUGUCAGCAAGUCACACGAGCUGGAAUCAAACGGAUCAGAGCUCAUCUACCUCACGUGAAAGUUCAUGCUUACUUUGCUCCAGUAACUCCCCCACCGUCGGUCGGAGGGAGUGGACAGCGCCUCUGCAGAUGCUGUAUUAUCCUUUGACAGU